AUGAGAAACGAGCCGUCAAAAUUAUGCAUCUGCCAGAUAUGUAACUGUGGUCGACAUAAAUGCCCACACCAAAAACGUAAAACUCAGAUAACUAAACCAUGUGAAAUUUCUGAAUAUACUACACAGUAUAUCGCUCAUAAGCUUAUACCAGUGGAAUCAUGUAAACCACCUCAUAAAGGUGUACAAGCUGAAGGUCAUAUGGCGUCGGAUACUACACACCGUAUUGAUUUUGUACCGCAUCCACUGAGUAUUCAAAAUAGUUGUAGAAAAGAAGCGCAAUAUCAACCACCGCAGGGAACAUUCGAUGGUUUAACUACAUAUACAAAGGAAUAUACUGGAAAACCUGGUCAACUGGCUGCUCCAGUUAAACCAACUAUUAGAAAAGGUUCCUCAGCUAAAUUUGAUGGUGAAGCCACCUAUACUGCUGACUAUAGACCAUGGAAACUGGAAAGACGUGAACUCGCUACAGGUAGAGAAUCGAACUGGCAGAAACCUAAUCUACCAUUUUCUGGAACUCCCACUUAUACAGCUGACUAUGUUGCAUAUAAUGCAAAACCUCCAGUCAGUUGUAAACCGGUGCAUUGCUUCCUUGAAAAUCAAACACCAUUUUCAGAUAGUACUGACUAUCGUGACUCAUAUCGUACACUGGAUUUAUCAGAACGAGCUCGUCCAAUUAAAAAUGUUGAGCAUACACAUAAGGUUACUGUACCAAUGGAACAUUUAUCAACACAUAUGCAUGAUUAUUAUUGGAAGACUACGAUACCAUCGGCCUCAUGUAAACCGGAAUAUACGGGUAUUCAAAAUAACGAACCAUUUCAUAAAGACACAACUAAUCGAAUUGAUUAUAAAGCUUGGGAACUAACCGAUAGAUCUGCACCUAUCUCGGCUAAUCAUGCCUCAACUUAUCCAGAACCAUUAGGAAAAAUGUGUUCUGAUACAACCUAUAACAAAGAUUAUAUACCAUUUGGAUUGCAGAAUCGUCAAGCAAUUCACCAAGUAGAUAAAAUCGGUCGUGGCGUUGAAUUACCACCAUUUCAGGGAGUUUCUGAUUAUAAAGACAGUUAUCGGUGUUGGGCAAUUGAACCACAAGUCAAAGGUUUAGGUAGAGAAGCAACUUAUACUAUACCGAAUGUAAAAUUUGAAGGUAAAAGUACCACAAGUGAUCAUUAUGUGCCACACUUAAAUUAUCGACCUCCGGAAUCUUUUAAACCACAUGGUCAAGUUACAGCUAAUCAAACACCAUUCGAUGAUGCAACUUUAUAUCGUAUGGAGUAUACACCGAAACAUUUGGAACCUUGCCCAGCUAGUCUACUUAAUACUGGUCUAAGCAAAUAUGUUUAUUCUGAAACGAGUGAUACUGGACACCAAAUCUAUCGCAGAGCAUCCAAUUCUUCAUCACCAACUAAUGAUCAAUAUUCCAAACAACAUUUAAUUACAAUUCCAAAUGAACCGUUAACAGUGGCAAAUUGA